AUUCCGACAAAAACCUCCGAUUAGACCGUCGGAAUGGAAUCACGGGUUUUGUUCUCGAGUCAAUUCAACUUCCCGGUGAAUUCACCGUUGAAGAACCGUGAAACCUCGAUUGCUCCGUUCACACCUCCCCGGAAUGUUCUCUCCUUGUCUUUCCGAAGUCCCGCAGAUAGAUUUGCGGUGAGAAUCGGACCGCUUGUAAAAGCUGUUUCGUUUGCUUCAAAGAUAGUAGCGGAGGUCGAUGAUGGUUCGAGAGACGAACCAAAAAGGAGGAAGCUUGUUGUGUUUGUGUCGGGAGGUGGUUCGAAUUUCAGGAAGAUUCAUGAGGGAUGCAGUGAUGGUUCUGUUAAUGGGGAUGUUGUAUUGUUGGUCACUAACAAAAAAGAUUGUGGAGGUGCUGAGUAUGCAAGAAGUAACGGCAUUCCUCUUUUAGUAUUCCCUAAAGCGAAACGAGAACCAUCCGAUGGACUCUCUCCUUCAGAGCUUGUAGAUGUACUUAGAAAAUAUGAUGUAGACUUUGUUCUUUUAGCUGGAUAUUUGAAACUUAUACCGGUCGAGCUGGUCCAAGCAUUUCCUAAACGGAUUCUAAAUAUUCAUCCUGCUCUUCUUCCGGCUUUCGGAGGCAAAGGUCUUUAUGGUAUAAGAGUGCAUAAAGCUGUUAUAGAAUCGGGAGCUAGAUAUUCAGGUCCGACAAUUCACUUUGUCGAUGAGGAGUACGACACAGGGCGGAUACUUGCUCAAAGUGCAGUCCGAGUGAUUGCUAAUGAUACACCAGAAGAGUUGGCCGAAAGAGUUCUUCAUGAGGUGUCAAAGAACAUAGAGCUGGGGUUGGCAGCGCUUCGUGGUGAGAAAGGCGCAACUUAUGAUAGAAUCGUGCUAAAUGCUGGGAUAGUGGAUCAUUUGUUGGGAAGUGAAGGUGCAGAGGAUGUAGCUGUGGCAAUGGAGAGAGCAAAGGAAGCUAUUGACAGUGGGAAGGCUUUAAAGAAACUUUUGAAUUACAUAGAGAUCUCACGGAAGAUGAAAUAGUUCAAAGAGUCUGAUAAAUCAUACACGGAAUAGAGAAAAGCAUACACCGUUCUGAUUCUUUUUGGUUUUCGCUUUGUGUAUUGUUGUUGAAACUUGAGUGUGUUUUUUACAGAGUGGACACACAACACAAUGCUUGUGGGGCUUUCUAUGGAUGUCUAGUGAAUCAUGUGUACAGAGUCUGGAGAACAGAAGUUGGUUUAUUUCUAAUGUGUUUAUGAUUUAUGAUUGUGUCCCUUAAUAAUAUUGCACAUUCGUG